AGCAGAGCACACAGUUCCUUACAAAGCAAAGGAUGUUUAGAUCAUCAGAUAUCUUCAGUUUAUGGUAGUGGUGUAGGACUUCAGCCUAACCAAAGCACGUGGCAUUCAAUAAGGAUAUAUACAUAACCAUUUCUAUCAGUUUGCUUUUCAGACUAAACCAGUGAAAAAACAGUCACAUGUAUGGGCUAGGCUAAAAACAAAGACAUUUUUUAAAUGGCACAUUCCAGUUUUCAAAAAUCAGAUGAUUAAGGCCAUUUACACUGUCACCUUUAGGGGGCGUGGUCCACCUUUUUGGUGAAGGUACAAAGGUAGCAGUCCGCUAUCCACCUGUACGUCCCCAAUAACCUCGAACAAGGAAAUAGCAAACUAACAGCAAAAUGUGUGAUAUGCGAUGCCAUGAAGUAGGGCUACAAUGGGAAAUAAAGUAACAAGAACCUUCGAUAAGUGGGGUGUUGAUACAAAGAAGCUUAAGCUACGGAGUAAAAAGAGGAAAGAUGCACAGUCAACUCCUCCUGAGCAGACAGCAGAUGUCCAUCUGUGCGACACUGUGCCAGACGAGCCUGUUUAUGCGAAGGUGAACAAGAAGAAACGACAGCCCGAGGAGGAGCUCCACUAUGCUGAAAUCCAAGUGUUGCAGUCAGGACAGAUGGCCAGCAGAGGGAGACAGAGGCCACCUCCAGUCAGCAGCACUGAGUACGCCUCCUUAGAUUUCAGCACCACACCGCACACAAAGGCCCCAGUGUCUGCCAGUGCCAGCUCCAGUUCCAGGGACGCUGCAGAUAUUCUCAUACCUCCUGGAGCUCUGCAGAGACCAAAAUCCAAAUCACACAAAAAGAGGGGUCACUGUGCUGAAGAUUUGAACGCUGUGUUUGUUUGAUUGUUUUUUUUUUCUCUUUUUUUUAAUAAAAGGCUAUAUGGAUUUUUAUUUUUAUUUUCUUAAAGUUUGGGAGAGAUGCAGCAGACUGGAAUUUGUAGCCUAAAUGAUCAAGCCUGUUUAAUUUUUUGUUCUCAAAAGCUCUGUGAUUAUUCUUUUCAUCAAAUGCAUGUUUUUCUUUAUUUAUUUUGUACAUGCAAAUAUAUUAUAGAAGAUUUA